GAAUGUCGUCCGCUCAUUUAAGACAAACACGCCUCAUAAAUGAAAUAGCAGAUCUUUUGCCACAACCUAAGUUGUAGAAGACGGGAAGGAUAUCGAAUUCCAGAAGUCGGAACAGCCCACGGGGAGAUAAUGAUGUCUUGGACCGAAGCAGGACCUAUGUGACAUGGCUGGACAGUAUUUCUAACUGGAUAGCAAUGGGUUGCUCUACCCUCCAUUUGGCCAGUGCCGUAUCCUCACUGGGAGGUCUGGUGUUCGGUUACGAGCUGGGCAUCAUCUCUGGUGGUUUGCUGCAGCUCAAGGCUGAGUUUGGACUCACCUGCAUACAACAAGAGGCACUUGUCAGCUCCUUGUUGAUCGGAGCCCUGUUCGCCUCUGUGGUUGGAGGAGGCUUAAUCGACCGUUAUGGGUGCAGAAAGUCCAUCCUGCUUAGUAAUGUCCUUAUGCUAACUGGAAGUCUCAUGCUGCUUAUCAGCUCCUACCCAUCACUAUUGUUGGGCAGGUUCACUGUGGGAUUCGCCAUGUGCCAGUCCUCCAUGUCCUGCUGCAUCUUUGUGUCGGAGCUGGUAACUCCUGAGCGCAGGGGCUUUUUGGUAACGCUGUAUGAAGCCGGGAUCACUGUGGGCAUUCUCAUCGCAUACACCAUGAACUAUAUUUUGUUUGACAUACAAAUGGGUUGGAAGUGGAUGUUUGGCUUAGCUAUUGUCCCAACCUUGAGUCAACUUGUCUCUAUAUGGUUCCUUCCAUCAAACUCCGAGGAACGAUGUUUUUCUUCUGAAGGAGCCCCGAUGGAUACGAUGGAAAACCAAGACGAAGCCUGCUCUAAAAGCAGCAAGGGAGGCAAGAAGGUACAGUACGAUAUUACGUACCUAUUCCGACGUAAAGACAAUAUGAGGACCCGCACAAUCAUCGGGUUGGGACUGGUGCUUUUCCAGCAGUUCACAGGCCAGCCAAAUGUUCUCUUCUAUGCCUCCACAAUAUUUCAUUCUGCAGGGUUUCAGACUGACAGCUCUGCAGUGCUAGCAUCUGUUGGAAUUGGAACUGUCAAAGUCAUCGCCACUCUCACCUCCAUGGUCUAUUCUGACAAAAUUGGUAGGAGGCCUUUGCUUAUUAGUGGUUGCUGUGUCAUGGCUUUUUGUUUAAUAUGCAUCGGAAUUCUCAGUGGACAUUCACUGAAGGAUGCUGUUGGCCCUUGUAGUCCAAAUGGCAACAAAACAAGUCAACUUCAUUUAACAUUUGGAAAUGACACAUCUCUUAAUGAGAACAACAAACUGCAAGGUGCUGAUGCACUAGUUUUUGGACACAAAACAGAAGGACCUCUGGAACCUGCUAAGGAACCUUCUCCCAGCAUUCGGGAAAAAGUUUUCAACUGGAUCAUUCUCAUAUGCAUGAUGGGAGCGGUCACUGCAUACUCCAUCGGAUUUGGCCCAUUGACCUGGCUCCUCCUCAGUGAAAUAUUUCCUGCUGCCUUGAGAGGACGAGCAUUCGCUUUUACCACCUGCUUCAACUGGAUUGCCCACCUUUUGGUUGCCUUCACGUUCCUGGACAUUUUAAAUGCAAUAGGUCUUUCAGGGACUUUCCUAAUGUAUGGGAUAACUUCAAUUAUCGCUGCAGUUUUCUUCUACUUCAUGCUACCAGAGACCAAAUGCAAGACACUGGAAGAGAUAGACGAGGAGCUGCGUUUUAACAGGUUUCGCAACAGUGCAGAGUGCUGUGACUUCAUCAGACAAAGGAAUCCGCCAGCAGAAUACCAAAGAGUUGCCACUCAAUUAGUAGGGGACUGUUAAAACAAGGAAAAUUUUCAAAUUGGACCCACAAUAAACAAAGGAGCACAUUUAAUUUUGGCUGGAUUUCAAUUUUUUCCUUUUUUUAUUUUUAGUGGGAUUAUUUUAAUCAUUCCGUAUAUUUUAUUUGUGGUACUUGCAGAAGUGGGUAGUAACACGUUACAUUCACUCGGUUACAUUUAUUUGAUCCUUUUGAAAAAAAUAUACAUCUUAGAGCAGUUUUACCACACAAUACUUUUGACUUUUACUUGAGUAGAUUUUUGCAGAAGAACCACUACA